GGCGCUGAGUGUGGUCUGCGGCGGGAGCGGCAGUCAUGUCUGGCAGAGGCAAGGGCGGGAAGGGGCUCGGCAAGGGCGGCGCCAAGCGCCACCGCAAGGUGCUGCGCGACAACAUCCAGGGCAUCACCAAGCCGGCCAUCCGCCGCCUGGCGCGGCGCGGCGGCGUCAAGCGCAUCUCGGGGCUCAUCUACGAGGAGACGCGCGGCGUGCUCAAGGUCUUCCUGGAGAACGUCAUCCGCGACGCCGUCACCUACACCGAGCACGCCAAGAGGAAGACGGUCACGGCCAUGGACGUGGUCUACGCGCUCAAGCGCCAGGGACGCACCCUCUACGGCUUCGGCGGCUAAACGCCCGUUGCGAACCUAACGCUGUUUAAACACCAAGGCUCUUUUCAGAGCCACCCACACAUUCACAACGAGAGCUGUUUAUUACUUGAGCAUCGUUAAUAAAAAAACAAGGUUUUGCUACUUUUUGUAAAGUACAAUUUUUCUUAUAUAUGCGGGGGGAAAAGAAAGCAAUUACAGCCCUUUGUAAGAAAA